AUGGAGAAGUUGACACGGGGUCCUUAUCAGGGAAGCUCCUCGAGGAAUGCUUGGAAGCGCGUUUGUCACUUGCUGUUGGCUUCUGUCAUCAUUUGUUAUGCCUUCGUCCUUCCUUUAUCGCCAUUCCAGGAAUCUUGGAACAAGAUAUGGUGGAGAAAACCAGCGAAGAAAAAUGUAAUAUUUUUUGUGACAGAUGGUAUGGGGCCAGCUUCAUUGUCGCUUACCAGAUCUUUCAGGCAAUUUACCCAAAAUCUCACGAGGGAUGACGUUUUAGUUCUGGAUAAGCAUCUUGUUGGCUCGUCCCGGACAAUGUCGUCCAGUUCCUUAAUUACUGAUUCAGCUGCAGGUGCCACUGCUUUUUCUUGUGCUUUGAAGAGUUACAAUGGUGCCAUUGGUGUUGACUCGAACAAAAACCCUUGUGGUACACUGCUAGAAGCCGCAAAGCUCGAGGGCUAUCACACAGGACUAGUAGUUACCACAAGAAUAACUGAUGCAACACCAGCUGCAUUCAGCUCACAUGUGGAUUACAGAUUCCAGGAGGAUCUCAUUGCCCAACACCAGCUAGGAGAGUAUCCACUGGGCCGCAUGGUGGAUCUGAUCAUUGGUGGUGGUAGAACGCACUUUUAUUCCCAACAAGAUGCGGUCUACGGAUCGCGUGGAAGUCGUGCCGAUGGACGUAAUUUGAUAAAAGAGGCAAUUGGAGAUGGUUGGAGCUAUGUCGGAAACCGUAACGAAUUUGAUGCACUGGAUAAUGGUCACAAUGUUAGUUUGCCCUUGCUUGCACUUUUAGCCGAUUAUGACAUUCCAUUCGAUAUAGACCGCGAUGUCGCCGAAUAUCCAUCGUUGGCUGAAGAAGCCAUGACUGCAAUCAACGCUCUUACGGAGGCCACGAAGAACAGCGACAAAGGGUUUUUCCUGUUGAUCGAAGGGUCAAGGAUUGACCACGCUGGUCAUCAGAACGACCCUGCGGCACAAGUUCGUGAGGUCUUGGCUUUUGACAAGGCUUUUGAAGCAGUCUUGAAAUUUGCUGAAGAGAGCAAAGUUGAAACCGUGUUGAUAUCGACCUCUGAUCAUGAAACCGGUGGUCUUGUUACUGCUAAGCAGAAUUCUAAGGCUUAUCCUGAGUACAUUUGGUAUCCUGAGAUUUUGAGUAACUCUAAACAUUCUGGAGAGUACUUAGGAAAGAAAUUGUUAGCUUAUAAGGGCAACCACAAAUCUCAGUUUAUUGAAGAGACUAUUUUUGAGAAAGGCAUGGGUAUUAAUGAUUAUAAAAAGGAAGAUACCGAAGAGCUGAUGAAGCUCACAUCAUCUGGUGAGAUCAACGACAAGAUCAAUGGCAUGGUCUCGACCAGAGCACAAAUUGGUUGGACCACGCACGGUCAUAGUGCAGUAGAUGUUAACAUCUAUGCACACUCAAAUCGUCAAAAAACCUGGUACAAUAUAUUGGAGAGCCUACUGGGAAACCAUGAAAAUACUGAAAUUGGCCAGUUCAUGGCCAAUUACCUCGACCUUGAUUUGGACAAAGUAACUGACUUGAUCAAGAAGACCAAGCAUUCCCCAUUUGUAGAAGGCGUUGCUGUUCAGGAUAUGAAGUUUGAUGAGUAUCAUGAAGGAAUCUUUAAGUAG